AACAGGAAGUAGUCGGACAGGCGUUAAAGAGGACACAGUGAGCCAUCGGCCGGUAUGCUCUUCAAUAUGUACGGGUUUAUGCUUUAACCUCGUGGUGGAGAUGGAGCAGAGUGGGGAACAGCAGCGGAGCGACGAGGACUACGGCUACGGGCUCUUUCCCAAGCGGAAGGAGGCGAAGUACAAGAAGGGCUCAGUUGGGGAGAGCCUCUUCACCUUCCACAACAAGUGUCAGCUCAUGCUGCACUUCGCCCUAGAGACGAGUCCUUAUGCAAAAUUCCUGCUUGGGGUCAUGAAGCAGUCUGGAUGCACCGCAUACCAAGAUCGCCACUUUUCCUGUGAGGACUGCGACGGCACUGUCAGCGGCGGCUUUGACGCAGCCACAUCUCAGAUUGUCUUGUGCCAGAAUAAUGUUCAUCGGCAGUCUCACAUGAACAGAGUGGUCACGCAUGAACUUAUUCAUGCCUUUGACCACUGCAGAGCACACGUUGAUUGGUUCAACAAUCUGAAGCAUUUGGCGUGCUCCGAGAUUCGAGCUGCCAACCUCAGUGGAGACUGCUCCUUUGGCAACGAACUCUCCAGAUUCAACUUUGGCUUCAAACGGCAUCAUCAAGAGUGUGUGCGGGACCGUGCCCUGCGUUCCGUCUUGGCCGUCCGCAAAGUGACUCCAGAGGAGGCUAAGAAGGUGGUGGAUGAAGUGUUUGACAGCUGCUUCAAUGACCUUGCGCCCUUCAGCCGAAUCCCACACAGCAAGAACGAUGUUAAGUUCGCCUUCAGGGAUUUCCAAAACCGAGACCGCUACUAUGGUAACUUAUAAAUGUCCCACCCAGAUGGGCAGCCACCCGUAUUUCAAAAGGUGCUUGUGUAAAACAUGACAAUGUAUGCAGUACACUGUGUGGGCAGCUGAAACCACCCAUGUAACUUGAGUGGAAAGGGAUCAAGGAUGUGACAAACCUUGCCAUGCAGUUCAUGUAGAAUAUUUUAAUGAUGCAUUUUUUUGAACAUCUUUUCUUGGUUGUAACUUCUCAUCAUGUUUUAAAGAUAGCUACGAAUCAUUUACUAUGAUGGAGUGUUGUGACUUUUCUGUAAUGGAAGACAAAGCUGAAGGCCUGUUUGAAAUCCAUCCAUUGUCAGCAACCACUCAUCCCGAGCAGUGAGUCGGAGCCUUACCUGGCAGCAUAAGACCGAAAGGGGAAGGGACACAUCCAGGAUGGGGUGCCAGUCCCUAUUUGAAAUGAAGAGGUUAACUGAAAGUUAUCUGCCAUUUGCCUUUGAAUUAAAAACUGAAGAUUAAAGUUUUUAUGUAAAAUGACUAACCUCAUUGCAUAAUCAGCGUUUCUAAUUUCCAUUCAAGAAAUGUGCCAAUACUACAAAUACAACAUACUUUCCAAUGACCUGAUAAAGGGUUUGCCAAGAAGGUGAUCUUAGAAAUGGCUAAAGUCAGUUUCUGUAUGUGAAUGUGUCAGAGUGCGCCACUUUUCGGGUAACACAGAACCAAAGGGUAAUAACUGUAAUAGUUCUAGCUCGUUUGUGUUGAUUUGUUAGUUUGUUGUUACUGCAGAAGGAACAACAUGCGUG